CCGGGAGCCACGGCGGUGUCACAGAGGCAGAGCCGUGGAGAGGGGACACGCUCCGCAGGGGGACAUUCCGGGCAGGGGAACAUCCCGGGAAAGGUGACACCCCGGGGCAAAGGGACAUCCCGGGCAGAGGGACAUGCCUGAAAAGGGGAACGUCCUGGGAAAGGGGAUACCGCGGCAACGGGAUAGUCCCGGGCAAGGGGACACCGCGGGCAGAGAGCCUUCCCUGGAAAGGAGAACAUCCCGGUCAGAGGGACUUCCCUGGAACAGCGGGCUUCCUGGGAAAGGGGACAUCCCGGGAAAAGGGACGUCCCGGGCAAGAGGACACGCCGGGCAAGGGGUAGAGCUCGGACAAGGGGACACGGGGGACAGGGGGGACGUGGGCACGUGUCCUGGGCCUGGGGACACGGGGCUGGAGAGGGAGAGGGAGCCUCGGCAGAGACAGCGGCUCCCGGGACUGCGAGGGGACACGAGGGGACACGAGGGGACACGAGGCAACCGGGGAUCCGUAUCCCGGUCCUGGGAGCACAGGGACAGCCUGGGAACACGGGAGGGCACGAGGGAACAGGAUGCUCGGCAGAGCCCAGGGAUGUCCCCACGCGGGGACUCUGGGGACACCGCCGGGAGCAGCACUGGGCGGUAGCCGGGAGACUGUUGCCACCCUGAGGUCCCCGGGGACAUCCCGAAGGGCGGGCUCCCACUGGGGACACGGGGGAGGGUGGCAUAUUCGUGCCGCCGCUCGUGGAGGGUGGCAGUGGCAGGGAUGGGGUCAUGGCUGUCCCCUGUCCACACUGGCUGUGCUGUGCCAUGCUACGCCGUGCCAUUCCCUGGGUGCCAUUCCCUGAGUGCCACGCCGUGCCACGCCGUGCCAUUCCCUGUGUCCCAUUCCAUGUCGUGCGGGGAGGUCGCGAAUAGCUCCCGGGGCCUGCCCUGACAUUUCUGCUCCGCGGUGUCAGUUUUACACCCGGCCCCGGCUGACCCCGGGCUGGCCCCGUCCCUGCCCAUGGUCAUUUGUCCCCUACCCCCGUCCCCGUCCCUUGUCCCGCUCCCUACCCCAGUCCCUCGUCCCCGUCUCCCAGCGGUGGCACCCCGGCUCCGCCACCCUCGCCCCCGCCACCCCCUUCGUUCUGCCGCCCCCUUCGGUGUCCCGGUCCCCCGGUGCCCCCGGUCCCGCCCCGCCCCGCCCCGCCCAAGCGGGACACGGCGCCGCCGCCACCGCCGGGACCGGAGCGGGCAGAGCCACCGCUGGAGCCGCGACAGCACCGGCACCGACACCGGGAAACCGCUCCAGACACCGACACCGCCGGGACCGGAGCGGGCAGAGCCGCUGCCGGGUGCGACAACACCAGGAGAGACCGACACCGACAGACACCGGCACCGGCACCGAUACCGGCAGCGCCGCCCCCGCGUCACCAGGAUGCUCUCGAGGUCCCAGCCGAGCGCGGAGCGGGUGCCCAGCCCGGAGGAGCAGGAGUGGGCAGGGCCCGAGGCGCUGUGCCCAGGCUGGCUGGAGGACGAGGCCCCCGAUGGCGAAGUGCCCGGGGACAGCGGGGACCCCGACGGUGCCACCCACGCCUACGAGCGGCUGCAGAGCGCCCUGUGCCAGGAGGGGCUGCCCCCCACGCUGGACUGCUCCGCGGAGCCCCGCACGGGAUUUGGCCCGCUGGACAUGACCGUUUGCAUCCUGGGCUGCCCCACCCCCUUCCUGCCCGUCCUGCUGGAGGGUGGCACCCGCUGCCCAGGUGCCAUGGUGCUGUGCCUGUCCCCCACCUGGGCCAGCCGAGUGCCGUCGGAGUCGUCCCCAGGCUCCUGGUCCCUGCUGCUCUCCCGGGGCGUCUCCUUCAAGGUGGGGGGGCACAGCGCCCUGGAGACCUUCGAGCCGCCCCGCCGUGCCAACUACGUGACGGGCACCUUCGCGCCGGGGGACCCCGAGGGCGGCUGGGUGGGCGAGCUGGCCCGUGACCUCGACUGCCCCACGGGGGGCUCGGUCCCGCUCGCCCACCGGCUCGAGGACACGCUGGUCACCCGCUGGGUGCUGGCGGCUCGCGCCGGCCUGCCCGUGCCCCCCACCCUGGCCUUCGUCCUGGGGGCCAGGGGGGACCUGCCCGCCGAGCCCGCGGCCCCCGGGGUGAGGCUGGUGCGGCUGCAGGACCCCCAGGGCCAGCAGAGCCUGGUGCAGGAGGAGGUGGGCGCCUUCCUAGGGGGCACCGCCAUGGAGCCCUACGGCCAGGUGGUGGUGCGGCCGGCGGGGUGGCGGUGGCGGGGGACAGGCACACGCAGCACCCACAGGAAGGAGGAGGGGGCGGCGGUGGCGCAGGCGGUGGGUGCCCGGCUGCGGGGGCUGACGGAGGAGGACAGCGUCCUGCUGGAGGCCAUGGUGCCCACCGCCCGCCUGCCCGUGCCCCCCCCACGCAGCCCAGCCCCGCGGCUGCCCAUGGCCCUGCGCAUCUGCACCCUCGUCUGCAGGUCCUGGGGGGACCGACCCCAGCUCUGCCAGGUGGCCUGCGCCGUGGGACGCGCGGAGAGCCCGGUGCGUCACGGCGCGGCGCUGCCCCAGGGCCUGGACUCCAGCCUGCAGCAGUGGGGGGUGGUGGCCCCCGGCCAGCGGCGGGCGCUGGCCACGCGGCUGCGGGAGGCCACCGAGGCCGCCGCCGCCGCGCUGCUGGCCGCCGAGGCCGAGCUGAGCCCGCGGCAGCGCGGCGGCGCCCGCGCCCGCACCGACAUCCUGGGCGUGGACUUCCUGCUGGCGUGCGUGGAUGAGGCGCUGGAGCUGGUGGCGCUGGCCGCGAACGGGCAGCGGUGCCUGGAGACCUGCGCGCUGGCCGAGGCCAUGGGGCGCGGCGUGGGCGAGCCCCGCGGGGAGCUGCCGCGGCUGCUGGCCGAGGCCGUGCUGCACCGGGCGCAGCGCCACCUGGUCGAGGGCAAGGACAUCCUGCUCAUCGGGGCCGGCGGCGUCAGCAAGAGCUUCGUGUGGGAGGCGGCCCGCGACUACGGGCUGAGGAUCCACCUGGUGGAGUCGGACCCGGAGCACUUCGCGGCGGGGCUGGUGCAGACCUUCCUGCCCUACGACAGCCGGGAGCACCGGCGGGACGAGGAGCACGCGGAGCGGGUGCUGGAGCUGCUGCGCUCCCGGGGGCUGCGGCCCCACGCCUGCCUCUCCUACUGGGACGACUGCGUGGUGCUGGCGGCCCUGGUGUGCCAGGGGCUGGGGCUGCGCGGCCCCGCGCCCGCCGCCGUGCGGGUGGCCAAGCAGAAGAGCCGCACGCACCGGCACCUGCAGCGCUGCCGCCGCGGCCGCCCGCCGCCCGCCGCCUUCGCCGUGCCCUGCCGCCGCCUGCGGAGCCACGGCGACGUGGAGCGGGCGGCGGGCGCCGUGCCCUUCCCCGCCGUGGCCAAGCUGGAGUUCGGCGCGGGCGGCGUGGGCGUGCGGCUGGUGGAGAACGCCGGGCAGUGCCACGCUCACGCCGCCCGCCUCUGGAGGGACCUGCGCGACGACGCCGACCACCCGGGCAUCGGGCUGGGCUGGGGCAACGCCAUGCUGCUCAUGGAGUACGUGCCGGGCACCGAGCACGACGUGGACCUGGUGGUCUUCGAGGGGCGGCUGCUGGGCGCCUGGGUGUCGGACAACGGCCCCACGCGCGUCCCCGCCUUCCUGGAGACGGCGGCCUGCCUGCCCUCCUGCCUGCCCGCCGACCGGCAGGCGCAGCUGGUGCGGGCGGCGCUGCAGUGCUGCCGGGCGUGCGGGCUGCGCGACGGCGUCUUCAACGUGGAGCUCAAGCUGGGCCCGGCGGGGCCGCGCCUGCUGGAGAUCAACCCCCGCAUGGGGGGCUUCUACCUGCGCGACUGGAUCCGCGAGGUCUACGGCCCCGACCUGCUGCUGGCCGCCGUGCUGGUGGCGCUGGGCGUGCCGCCCGUGCUGCCCGCCCGCCCCGCGCCCCGCACGCACCUGGCCGGCGUGAUGUGCCUGGCGUCCGAGCACGGCGACGCCCUGGCGGGCGGCGGGGGCAUGGAGGCUCUGCGGGAGCUGCACGGCCGCGGGCUCGUCCGCCUCAACCGGCUCUUCGAGGAGCCCGAGGGGGCCGGCGAGUACGAGGAGCCGCUGCUGAGCGUGGCGUGCGCCGGGGCCACGCUGGCCGAGGCCUGCGAGCGCCUGCUGGGGCUGUGCCAGGGGCUGGGCAUCGACUCGCCGCGAUAUCCCGUGGAGCAUUUCUUGUCCCACUUCAAAUAGCGCCGGGCAGGCAGCGGGGAGAGCGGGGGAAUGGGUGCCCCGGCACGCCCGGCACCCGCUCCUGCCGCCCCGCCGCCCCUCCCCGGCAUCCCCCCGGCACCCCGUCCCGCUGUCCCCCCAUCCCGUGGC